CGUAUAUCCCCACUGAGUACAAGCAGCCUUACAAGUAAUUAUGUAACCCAAUAUUUACCUCCACCAUUAUCAAGCCCAUUUCUGAAAGAAAACACAAACAAUAGCUUUAAAACAUGUCUUUGUUUAGCGGACUGGGUGAUUUGGCCCAUUUGGCUGCGAUCUUCCUGUUGUUACAAAAAAUGAGAAAAUCGAGAUCAUGCUCUGGAAUUUCAUUAAAAUCACAUCUGCUCUUUCUUUUAGUGUACAUUACCAGAUACUUAAAUUUGUUUUGGAGUUUCAAAAGCCUUUACUUUUUUUCCAUGCGUAUAAUAUUUAUCUGUUCCGAGUCCUACAUCUGCUAUUUAAUUUUACAGAAUUUACGCCCGACAUAUGACAAACGUUUGGACACCUUUCGUAGUGGAUACCUAUUGGGCGGUUGCGCGAUUCUAGCUCUCAUUUACCCUAUUAAAUACAGUGUUUUUGGUAUUUUAUGGACAUUCAGUAUCUGGCUAGAAAGUGUAGCGAUCUUGCCUCAGCUGUUUAUGCUUCAACGUUCCGGUGAAGCUGAAACUAUAACUGCUCAUUACUUGCUUGCCAUGUGUCUUUACCGUGGUCUCUACAUCCCCCAUUGGAUUUACCGCUUAGCAAUUCGACAACAUGUCAUGUUAGUCUCUGUAUUUGCGGGAAUUAUUCAAACAGUUCUUUAUGCCGACUUUGCUAUUGUCUAUCGACGCACUGUGUUGCAGGGAAAAAAGUUUCGCCUACCAGCUUAAACGAUGAUUUGAAGUUAUUACGGAUAUGUAUUUGUUGUCAUUUAUGAACAAUGUUAAUAGGUGUACGACAUGAUUGUUCAGAGAUCAAAAAACUAAAGUAUAAAAUUAAAUGUUAUGUUAGAUUGAAAAACUUUGUAGGUGAUUGGAAUCCACAUAGAGAAAUGGAAAUUAUUGUUUUGGGAAUUUUCCACUGCAG